AUGGGCCUGGCAAACUACCAGAACCUGGUAAUGGCUCCUAAAGGAGUGUGGAGAUGGAUUAAGUUUCAAGUUCCUGCAGCCCUCAGUGGUCAGCUCUUCCUUUUUGCCCUCACUAAUCUCCACACACGUAUACAAUCCAGACCCAUGGACCUGCCAAGAGACAAAUCCUCCACUAUGAACAGUUCAAAACCCUCAAAGCCUUCAGCCAUGCUUCUGGCCCAAAUUCCUCAAGCAGGUUCAUUUCGAUGUAUGAACUUUCCUGCCGGCUUUGUCAAUGAGCAUGAGUGGGCAAUAAAGACAACAACCCUGGGGUACGUGGAGCUAACGUUGAGUAUGGAUCUCCUCUACCUCCUCUCUGGCUGCUUGUAUAUUUCAGAUUUUUGUAUUUUCAGGGGCAUCCAUACAACAGGAGUUAGCAUUGUUGGAGGUGGCGUUCGUGCCCCUCGUAUCAAGACCAAGAACCUUAUUUCUGUUAUUUUCUGCGAGGCUGUAGCCAUCUACGGACUGAUUAUUGCCAUUAUUCUCGCUGGUAUCUUAGUGGAAUACAAGUUAGGUGAUGAGGGUGUUUUGGAGCAGAACCAACUGUCUGGUUACUUGAUGUUUGCUGCUGGUUUGACUGUGGGCUUCACUAAUCUGUUCUGUGGCCUUGCUGUUGGCAUAGUUGGAUCAGCUGCUGCACUGGCUGAUGCUGCUGAUGGCUCUCUCUUUGUGCGAAUCCUGAUCAUAGAGAUCUUUGGUAGUGCAAUUGGUCUCUUUGGUCUUAUUGUCGGCAUUUUGCAGACAUCGAAGGCCAAGAUGGGAAACAAGACUUAGUCAGGAUGUGUUAAAUACUGAAACAUUCCAUGUUUUAGUUAAGUUAAUGCAGUGAAGGAGUCGGUUAACAUUACACAGAUAUUUAUAUUCAUUUUGUUUGGAAGAAGUGACUGUUUUACUUUUAUUUAUUCAAACUUUUAUUGAACCACAAAAUUUUUUAUAUAUUUUAUAUUCUUUUAUAUGAAGCCUCAUUGUUAAUAAUUUUGCAGAUUAUAUUCAUGGGGAAGUGCAUUUGUGUUUAAAUGCAUUAAAAUCUUAGUAUUUAUCUUUUAAUAAUGCUGAGGCUUCAUGUAUUUGUAAAUCUGACUUUAUUAAUUACAUAUACAUUUAGUACACCUUACCAGAAAGGUGCACAAUAUUUGUACAGUAAUAGCUAAGCUAAUACAAGAAGUGUUUCAUGCUGGGAAAGUCUUGUAGAUUUUUUUUUUUUUUUUUUUUUUUUUUUUGAAAAGCACACUUCACUGAGUGACGAGUGUUUUCUUAUACUUCACUUGGAGAUGUCCGGUGGAAAAAUGCAGAUGUACUCAAUAUUUUUCUAUUUUGCAGACCUGUCUACUUUUUAUUAAUGACCAUUAUAGUGGUGGGUCCUGUUUAUUGCUUAUUCCAUGAUUAUCUAUUGUGAAUAUUUUUUUAAUAAUGCACAAAUGGAUGAUCACUGUAAAUACCACCAGUGGCUAAACAAUUUUCCCACAGUGAUAAAAUCAGAGGUAAUUGUCUGUGAAGAGUUCAAAUAUAGACACUGGUAGCAGAAUCCUUUGAAAUAUUCUCUGCUACCAGUGUGUUUAUUUCCACUAGUUAGCUUCUGCCAUUGUCUACCUGUGAAGAGAACAAUUGUUCUCUCUAGGAAUAAAUAAUUUGACCUAGCAAAUGGUUUUUUGAGUAGUAUUAAAACUCAGCAGUAUAUAUUGCUGCAUCUUUGUGUACAGUUAACAGGUUAUGUGAAUGUUGUAAGUUUGUAUAUAAUAUUAUGGAAUGAUAGCUCUGUAUACAGUAUCUUGCUGUUGUGGGUACAUUUAUGUGAAUAAAAAAGGAUUAAUAAA